CGCGGGCCGCCGCCUCCCGGGGCUCCCGAGGGCCUGUGACCUCCCUCCAGCCCCCCAAGAGUGGCGGCUGCCAGCCCCGGGAACCAUCCCAGCCCCAGACCAGGGCGGAUUCGCGGAGAAGAGACAAUGCUUAAGACUACAUGGACAGCACUCUCCCGGACCACCUGAAUUGUACUUGAACCUUGAAUUAUGACAACAGGGGCAAACAUGCUGGAUCCCACAAGUGAACUAGAGUUUUUUACCCAAGAAAAUAUGGAGGAGAUCUCCCAGCUGGCUUCCCUGGAGAUGUUAGGGGAUGUAGUCGCCAUGAAAAAAUCUUCAACCAUUGUCCCAGAAAAACCUAGCUAUCCAGACUCCGUGUACGUUAUGGCAGCGAACAUUUUUCAGAGUAUUCGGGUCGAAAAGUCGCCAGACAGAGUCCUAAUAAAGUACGGGAACGAACCCCUGCCGUCCUGGUCCCAAUCUGAGGAUGAAGCCUUCCAGCGCUCCUCCUAUGAGCUGGCUUUCAGUGCCCUGAAGUAUCAAGAUAUUUUGGAAACUAUAUUAAUAGACAGUACUGUCUUCCCAAGUACUACAAUACCGGAUCAUUUGAGCAGUCUUAUUAUUGUGAUGCUGUACGAUUUCCAAGAUAGAAAAUUUCAGCCCCGUGCCUUUCCCAAUAAUGAAGAGUCCAUAUCAGAAGUUCAAGAAGUGGAGACCCUGCUUAACAGCUGUAAGACAAAGUUGGCUGCAUCAUUGGCGAGAUGUCGAAUCAAACACGACGCCCUUUCAAUUUACCACAUUCUACCAGAGACAGUUAGGAAACAGGAACAGAGGGCCUCCACUUUGCCUCUUUAUGCUUGGAUAAAUACUGGUAAAAUCAGCCCUGAAGACGUCUAUAGUAGUCUAAGGAGAAAGGGCUAUCAUAGAGUCAAGUCUGUUCUGCAUCUUGACGACAGAGUUUUUGCCAUGGAUCAGCACUGCGAUGAUGUUCUAAUUUUCCCAGCUCAUCUCAAAAGAGAUCUUAUAAACACAGAUCUCUUCAAAGAUUAUAAACUUAUUUUUCAGGACAAAUCUCGAAGUCUUGCUGUCCACUCUGUAAAAGCUUUAUUAAAUAUGGAUGAUGAUAUCCUAAUGGUCAACACAGGCUCGUGGUACACAGUUGCCCAUAUGUCAAUCUUAACAAAUAAUAACACCUCAAAAAUAUUUGUAUGUGGAAUACAAUCACAAGAUAAGGAAUCUGAACUGACGAACCUUUUUGCAAAAAUGGGAUGCCAAAACAUUGAGAUUCUUUAUGAGACGUUUGUCAGCAUUGAGCCCAAGGAUCCAAGGCUACAGAACGUCAAAGUCAUUCUGCUGCUGCCCCGCUGUUCAGGACUAGGUGUCAGUAACCCAGUGGAAUUUAUUUUAAAUGAACAUGGAGAUACAGGCUUACUUCAAGAUCUUUCUCAAGGUGGACCAACAAAAAGUAAACUUGAGAUUCUUGCUCAGCAGCAGUAUGAACAGCUCGAACACGCAAUGAGAUUCGCUAAAGUUCAAGCAAUUGUUUACUGCACGUGUUCUGUUUACGCAGAAGAAAAUGAAGCUGUCGUUAUGAAGGCACUGGAAUGUCAAAACCAAGGCAUUAAAAUACAACCUUACAGGCUCAGUCCUCCUGUUCUCCCACUGUGCUCCCUAAAGGAAAUGCAACUGUCUGUGGACAAAUUCUUUAGACUGGAACCAUCUGAUGUUACCAAUGGUUGCUUUCUUUCUAUUUUAACAAGAGAGCGAGACCCAUCCGAGACAGUAUCCGUGAAGGAUGUUCUGGCCCGAGCUGCUGCCAAAGGUCUACUGGAUGGGGUUGAGCUUGGGAAGACAUCCAAACGGGAGAAGAAGAGGAAGAAAUCCAAAACAUCACUGUCCAAAGCUCCUGCUAAUGACACCAAUGGCAUCCAAAUGAAAAUCACCGAGUUCAUAAGUCAAGAAAGUAAAGCGAGUACUUCCCAAGGCGAGGCAUUAACAACUAAAACACCUCUCCCGCCAAAAACUGCCUCCCAAGGGGGCGCUUCCUCCCAGGUCAGAAAACCCAAGCCUGGCACCAAUUCUUUACUGACCACAUUGAUGAAGACUACUUAUCCUUCCAGGCCAGAAGACCGGCAGGUGACCUUGAGACGAAGGCCAGAAGGCAAAGUGAUGCCUCUGAAGUCCGUUGAGAUUGUUUUGCCUCCAGUGAUGUUCCCAUUGUCAAGUUCCCAGGGACCCCGAGCUCAGAUGCCAGCAAACCGCAUCUACUAUCGCUUGGUUGGAUCAAAGGUUGGCACGCACAGCUAUGUUACACCAUCAGCAACCAGAAGAACGGAGAAGGCUAAGGAAAGCACACCUUCCUCCUGUGUCAGGCAUCCUAGACCAUGGCUUUGACGGUGGGGCCCUUCCUACAGGCUGGCUGGGAUUUCUUUCUGUUCAGACACUAUUACUGGGGCUUCUGGUCACUUAGUAUCUUCCCCUGCGACUUUACCUCCAUGAAGACAGAGAAGCAGUGAUGGAGGGAGCAAGCGAAGGUGUUGUGUCACCAGCUCAGUGCUGAUGUGUUUUAGGAUGCCUAGCUGCAGAUUCCUGGGAGGGAGUGUGGACUAAGCAGCUGGCUUCCCUGAAGUAGACAGAGUGCCUCCCAGCAGGCUUCUCUGCAGAGUUCAUUGAGGGGCUUGGUAGAAAUUCCUCAGAUACAAAGAAUGAUGUCCUCUCCUGCCUGCCCCAGCUCCAGCCAGGAACCUGACCCCGCUCCUUAGCCAGGAAGUUACUGUGCUUGAAACCUCUGGGAUCCCAGUUGAGGCCAGUUUUUCCCUUUAGCACCCCACUGUUCCCCAAACAGGGCAUGCCAGAAGGUUCUGCAAUGGACUGAGCUUUGACUAGGAGUAGGAAGCCCAGUACCAGGUGUGCGCAGUCCAGAUGGCCAUACAGAAAACAAUGUUUCUGGAGAAUUUCCAGAAUCCCGAGUAGACUGCACACAAUAAUCCCUUCCUUCUGUUUAUGCCAAACAUUGUUGGAAAAGGGACAGCGAGCAAAUUUCUACCUAAGUAUUCUUGUUCUGAGAAAGAGGUCUAACUGUUGAACACAAGCAAUGUAUCAUUGAAAAAACACAAAGAUUUCUGAUUCUAUGCAAAGAUCAGGUGACACAGCCAAAUGUACAAGUCAUUUUGAUGGCACACAGUGCUCAAACCUUGGUAACUCAUUUCUGAUGCACAAUUACAAUAUAUUGUAGCACUAUGUUAAUACAUUAAAUGUCAAUUACUCUUAGCUAUAUUAACAAUUGUCUACCAAUAUUGACAUGAUUAUCA